CGUAUCAUAUGAUAAAAGAAUAUAUUUAAGAUACUUUCUCAUGGUUGAUACUCACAAUCACCAAGUUCCUCGUAAGAAGAUGGACCUAAUAAUAGAUCAAGACAAAAUUGAAAAGAAGGAAAUAAUCAUACCAAAAGACUACCAAAUUGAUCUACAUAUUCAAAUUCACUUUGCAGAAGGGCUCGACAAUCCGAAUAUAUAUCCUGACGUGAAAUCAAGAUUUUACAAAGUCGUGUUUUCGGUUAAUUCCGAAAACGAAUACGAAACACCGUACGAGAUAGGAUUGCCAAAUCCAAUAUGGAUCAAUCAAAAAUAUCGAAUUAGACUGAAUAAGUUCAUGGAUAUCAGGUUUUUGUAUGUUGAAGUUGUGAGGUGUGGGGUUUCAGGUUCUGAAUCCGAUCCUGAAAGCUCUAAUGGGCGUAGUGUAGUCGGUAGGGCUCGAAUUCCUCUUCCGAAGGUGACGCGUAAGAAAAGCGGUCGCUACGGACUUGUUAGGUGUUUCUACGGCGAAUGUAAAGCUGAAGGACACGUCGGACUCACAUUGGAGAUGAAAAAGAUUGUCAAAAAAGAGAGAAAUUAUUACAUAUUUUGAAGAAUCUCGCGGAGUUUUUAUGAGAGAAGUUUAUAUCGAUCCGACAUAAAUAAGUGAUUUCCCGUUUAACAAAUUGUGAACUUCCUAAAGUAUGGCAGGGACGAGAUUAAUUUCAAUUAGGCCGGCAGAAAUUCUUAUUACUAUUGAUUUUUCUUUUUAGUUGGUUAUAGCCUUGCUUUUAGUCUAAAUUAAUUGUGUGAGAAUUUUGUUUAUUUUGGAAUUUUAUUGAAAAUUUGAU